GUGCCCCCCGCCGCCGCUGCAGAGUCGCCUGGAGCUUCGCGGGCAACUGGGAAGAUGCUGGGCCCAAGUGUCCUCACCUGGGUCCUCUUGGCCGCGGGUGUCACCUGCGCCCAGGCACAGCAAGUGCCACCGUGGACAGAAGAUUGCAGAAAAUCAACUUAUCCUCCUUCUGGACCAACCUAUAGAGGAGCAGUUCCAUGGUACACCAUAAACCUUGAUUUACCACCCUACAAAAGAUGGCAUGAAGUAGUAACUCAGAAGGCACCAAUGGUGAGGAUUAUAGUGAAUUCCCUCAAGAAUUUAGUAAACGCAUUUGUGCCAAGUGGAAAAAUAAUGCAGGUGGUGGACCAAAAGUUGCCUGGUCUAAUUGGCAAGAUUCCUGGCCCCUUUGAAGAGGAAAUGAAGGGAAUUGCAGAUGUUACUGGGAUACCUUUAGGAGAGAUUAUUUCAUUCAACAUUUUCUAUGAAUUGUUUACCAUGUGUACAUCAAUAAUAACCGAAGAUAAUGAAGGUCAUUUACUACAUGGAAGAAACAUGGAUUUUGGAAUAUUUCUUGGGUGGAAUAUAAAUAACAACACUUGGGUUGUUACAGAAGAAUUAAAGUCUUUAACAGUGAAUUUGGACUUCCAAAGAAACAACAAGACUGUUUUCAAGGCUACAAGCUUCGUUGGAUAUGUGGGCAUGUUGACAGGGUUCAAACCAGGACUGUUUAGUCUUACACUAAAUGAACGUUUCAGUCUAAAUGGCGGUUAUUUGGGUAUCCUAGAAUGGAUUUUGGGAAAGAAAGAUGCUGAAUGGGUCGGGUUUAUCACUAGAUCAGUUCUGGAAAAUAGUACAAGUUAUGACGAAGCCAAGAAUACACUAAUCAAGACCAAGCUAAUGGCCCCAGCAUAUUUUAUCCUGGGAGGCAACAAGUCUGGGGAAGGCUGUGUGAUUACGAGAGAAAGAAGAGAGUCUUUGGAUGUAUUUGAACUCGAUCCUAAGCAUGACAGAUGGUAUGUGGUACAAACCAAUUAUGACCGGUGGAAAAACACCUUGUUCCUUGAUGACCGCAGAACACCUGCCAAGAUGUGUCUAAAUCGCACGACACAGAAGAAUCUCUCGUUUGCAACCAUAUAUGACGUCCUAUCAACAAAGCCUGUCCUCAACAAGCUGACUGUAUUCACAACCUUGAUUGAUGUCACCAAAGGUCAAUUUGAAAGUUACCUUCGGGAUUGCCCAGACCCUUGCAUAGGCUGGUGAGCACACAUGGCCUAUAGGACAUACUGAAGAUGUGUUCUCUGGCGUGUCUGAUCUCCUUCCACAGGCUAAGACUCAAGGCCUGUUGUUCAGUCAUAAGAUUAUCCUCAGUGUGUCUGCAGUUUACAAACUGUUUUUGUUGUUUGUUUUUAUCAUCAUCAUCAUUCCUAUUUACAGGUAAAUUCUUUAAGGGAUGCACGCCAUAUAGAAUUCGCCAGUUCAUUUCACUUUGACAUUGGGGAAGGGGCAACCCUGACCUCUAUGGAAUGUAUCAAGGUUCUUAGCUGGUGUUAAAUCCAGUGCCCUGUGUGAUUAAUGUAUACCUUUAUGCGCCUUUUCUUUUUUACCUACAUAUUUAUGUUUCUCCUGGUUCUCUAUUAGAAUCAGCAUGUCAUCCACCUUUGCUGUUGGUAACAGCAAUGUGAUGUCACUAUGCCUGGCUGGGGUUUCUGAGAUGGACAACUGACACUUAGUGCAUAAUAAAUAGACCUUUGACUCUGGAAUUAGUAUUUGUGAGGGCUACAAAAUAAUCGUUAUGUAAACAGUAUUUUUUUUCUUUCUGAGACAGGGUUUCUCUGUGGCUUUGGAGGCUGUCCUGGAACUAGCUCUUGUAGACCAGGCUGGUCUCAAACUCACAGAGAUCCGCCUGCCUCUGCCUCCCAAGUGCUGGGUUAAAGGCAUGUGCUACCAACAUCUGGCAACAGUAUUUUUUUUUGAAAGAAUAAAAGUGUUCUCUUUUUCCUAAUUAUAUUACCUUCCAGUAACCCCAGGAAGUUUCUAGCUUUAAAAACUUGAGUUUAAGAUCUCAACACAAACUAAAUUCCUGUAUGUAUAAUUCAUUUAAUACUUUUUUCAUUUUUCCUUCUAAUCAACAUAUUUUUUAACUUUUCAUAUAAUAAAUACUUAUUAAUAUUUUUUAGAAAUCAAUCUAUUUAUGAAAAAAUGCUUACAGAACUUGUUCAUCUUUCUCUAACUUUCAUAACUGACAGUGAAAUGUAUGCUAUUUGUGCCAGACUGUAUCCAUUUCAUGUUGUACAAUCUCAGUUGUAUCAUGAUGCUCAAUAAACAGUCACUGGCAGUCAUGUCAGCACUCAUGCAUGCUGA